AAAUAAUUUUAAAAUUAAUUAAUAUUUCACAUUGCAGUAAAUUUAAUUAUAUAUUUAUGCUAAAAUUAUUAUUCCUUAUUACACUUAUCAUUGGAUAAUUUAUUAUUAGUAGCUUGUAAUGGCUCCACUGAUGUAAUAAUCAUACAUGUAAAAUUACAGACUGGGUUUUCAUUUGUCAAGUCAAAUGCCUCAGCAGUCUUCUUCAUCUUCUUUGUCCUUGCUAUUUCCUACCCACUUCUCUUGCACAUAUUAUCAAACACCUUGUGCGCGUUACACAGAGCUCAAUUAACGCUAUGGAUCGUUUCAGAUUUCUCCGUUUUCUUGUAUUGAUUCUGCUUUCUGUUGUACUUUCGCGCCUCGAUGAUGCUAUUUGUGCUGUAGUUGAAGAUGAUCUCAGAUGUUUAGAAGGAUUCAAGAAUUCCAUCGACGAUCGGAGUAACAAUCUGAAUUCAUGGGACUUGAAGAAUACCACAAUCGGUGCUAUAUGCAAGUUUGUUGGUGUUGCUUGUUGGAAUGAAAAGGAGAACCGGAUCAACGGCCUUAGUCUUCCGAAUAUGGAACUUGGUGGGAAGGUUACACAAGCCGUAGAGUAUUGUGCUAGCUUGACAACGCUUGAUCUGUCUGGUAAUCGUUUUUCUGGGUCAAUUCCAUCAGAAAUUUGUACUUGGUUACCUUUUUUGACAACCCUAGAUUUGUCGAAUAACGCUUAUUCAGGUGCUAUUCCUGCUGAUCUUGCUAAAUGCUCCUUUUUGAAUAAGUUAAUGCUUAAUGAUAACAAGCUUACGGGGAGUAUUCCACCUGAAUUUUCUAGUUUGGGUAGGCUGAAGAUUUUCUCUGUGGCGAAUAAUCAGCUCUCCGGUAGGAUUCCGGCGGCUUUCGAUUCGUCUAACUUUGAUUUUGAGGGGAAUAACUUGUGUGGUGGACCUUUGGGGAAAUGUGGAGGGCUUAGUAAGAAAAGCUUAGCUAUUAUUAUUGCAGCAGGAGUAUUUGGUGCUGCUGCUUCGAUGUUGUUGGCCUUUGGUGCGUGGUAUUGGUUUUUUACCAAGGCGGGGAAGAGGAAGAGAGGGUAUGGGAUUGGGAGAGAUGACUCUGAUAGUUGGGCCGAUAAGCUGAGAGCUCACAAGCUCACGCAGGUUAUGUUGUUCCAGAAACCGCUUGUCAAGGUUAAAUUAGCUGAUUUGUUGAUUGCUACAAAUGGUUUCAGUUCGGGCAAUGUUAUCAACUCGACUAGAAUGGGUACUACUUAUAAUGCUGUGUUGCGUGAUGGCUCUGCACUUGCUAUUAAGCGGCUUAAUACUUGCAAACUGGGUGAGAAGCAGUUUGGGAUUGAGAUGAAUAGGCUAGGGCAACUUAGGCAUCCUAAUUUGGUGCCACUGUUGGGGUAUUGUGUUGUUGAAGAGGAGAAGCUUUUGGUUUAUAAACACCUGUCAAAUGGUACUUUGUAUUCAUUCUUGAAUGGGAAUGCGAGUGAAUUGGAUUGGCCUGCUCGGUUUAGAAUUGGUUUGGGUGCUGCUAGAGGCCUUGCUUGGUUACAUCAUGGUUGUCACCCACCUAUCCUGCACCGAAACAUAUGUUCUAAUGUUAUUUUCCUUGAUGAAGACUUUGAUCCUAGAAUAAUGGAUUUUGGGCUGGCAAGGUUGAUAACACCUUCAGAUGCAAAAGAGUCUAGCUUUGUGAAUGGAGAGUUGGGUGAACUUGGCUAUGUAGCUCCAGAGUAUGCCAGUACAAUCGUGCCUUCACUGAAAGGGGAUGCUUAUAGCUUUGGGGUAGUGCUUUUGGAGUUGGCUACUGGACAAAAACCUCUUGAAGUUACCGCUGGUGAAGAGGGAUUCAAGGGUAAUUUGGUGGACUGGGUGAAUCAGCUCUAUAUUGCAGGCCGCAUUAAAGAUGCAAUUGACCAGAACAUGCGUGGGAGGGGACAUGAUGAAGAGAUUGUGCAAUUCCUAAAGGUUGCUUGUAAUUCUGUGGUUUCUCGGCCCAAUGAUCGGUGGUCUAUGUAUCAGGUUUAUGAAGCACUUAAGAGCAUGGCAGAAAAACAGGGUUUCUCCGAACAGUAUGAUGAAUUCCCGUUACUAUUUGGGAAAGAAGGUGCAACUAGCAUCCCUGUUUGAAGCCGGAAUUGCGAAAGCAUUACUAUAUGUUUCACUCCCAGUGAACAUGGUGCAUCCUGUUGUAAGUUUUCAGUUCCUAUUGGUGUAAGUGACAUCACACUGUUUUGAUUGGCUUAGAAGUGCACCCUUUUAAGUAUUUAUGUAUUAUAUUUGCAAAAUUCACAAAUCAUUCUUAAGUAUUUGCUUGCUGGAACUGUGUAGUAUAGGAAGCAGCUGAUAAUUAUCGCUCAUGUUUGUGAUUACUGUUGCUUAUAGCAUUAGAUGUUAUGUAAUCAGAGGAUUCUCAACUGAACGUCUCAUUUAUUGGAAAAUGGUCUAUAUUACUACC